AUGAGAUUUAUUUCAUUAUUAAUUGUAUUCUUUUUAUUAAAAUCAGCUAUUGUUUUAGCUGAUUAUCAAUAUGCCGUUUGCAAUAUUGUUCCAAUCGACAAAACAGCUAAAACAAUCAGUGGUUCUAUUCAAAUUUAUAAAGAUGUCCAAUCUACUUCUUUGACUUUCGAUUAUAAUAUUAAAGCAGAAAAUGGUCUCGAAGAUGACUUAGGUGGUGUAUUUAACCCAGGAAAUGCUGCAGGACCCUGUCCAGACUCUCAAAGCCCAAAUGUUGGUAGUUUAUAUGAUAUUUUUAUUUUUGAAGGUGUUUAUGAAUCCUCAAGAUCAUAUCAACUACCUCUUUUAAGUGGUCAAAAUUCAAUUAUUGGUAGAGCUAUUUCUUUCUAUGACGUUUCAGUCUGUAAAGAAUCACCACCAGCCUUAAAGGCUGUUAACGGAGUACCAACCGUUAUCGCUACUUGUGUCAUUGGUUUCGGAAAUGAUACCACAAAACCAGAUGGAUUAACCGGUUCAAAUACUGCCACCUCCCCAGAAUUAAACUUACAUGCUAUUGCUGUUUUGACAGCAACUUCAAAUGCCGCUGCCACUAUUACUGGUCAAGUUACUUUUGUAAAUGUAGGAAGUGGUGUUCAAGUCUCUUCAAAAAUUAUUGGUUUAGGAAAAGAAGCCCAUGGUUUCCACAUUCAUUCUUUUGGACAACUCUCAGAUAAUGGUUCUGCUCUUGGUGGUCAUUGGGCAACUACUGGUCAAACCCAUUCAUUACCAUCCACUCUUCAAAAUAGUGCUACUCGUCAUUAUGGUGAUUUAGGUAAUAUCUGUUCUUUUGAUUCAGAAUUCAAAAAUGCCUAUUACAACUUUACCACCAACUAUAUUAGUAUCAACGGUGUUUACGGUCGUGGUUUUGCUGUUCACGCCACACGUGAUUUAGGUGACUCUAAUGUCGGUGGUGCUCGUAUUGCUCAAGGUGUUAUUGCAGUUGCUAACCCAAGUGUCACUCUUAAUCUCAAUACCCCACCAACCACAGAUUUUUCAUUUGAUAAUAUUUGUGCUAAUGGUGCCGUCGAUGGCCAAACAAAGAACUCCACCUCAAGUGGCUCAGAAAGUGGCAGUGGUUCAGAAAGUGGCAGUGAUAGCGACAAUGGUUCAUCAAAAAUAAUCUCAUCAUUAUUUAUUUUAGGUUUAUUCUCAUCAUUAUUUGUUUUAUUAUUAUAA